AUGCGGCGCGCCCGGCGGCUGGACCGGGCGACGGCGCGGAUGGCGGACUCGCAGCCGUUAUGCGUGGCGGAGAGGCGCAGAGGCCACUGUGCCGUGGUGGACGGAAACUUCCUCUACGUGUGGGGGGGCUACGUGUCUAUUGAAGACAAUGAAGUAUAUUUGCCUAAUGAUGAAAUUUGGACCUAUGAUAUUGAUAGUGCAUUAUGGACCAUGCACCUCAUGGAAGGAGAACUGCCUACCUCCAUGUCAGGAAGUUGUGGUGCUUGCAUUAAUGGAAAGCUGUACGUUUUUGGAGGAUAUGAUGACAAAGGAUACAGCAAUCGACUUUAUUUUGUUAAUUUGCGAACAAGAGAUGGAACCUACGUUUGGGAAAAAAUCACCAGUUUUGAAGGACAACCACCCACACCACGUGAUAAACUUUCUUGCUGGGUAUAUAAAGACAGAUUAAUAUAUUUUGGUGGCUAUGGGUGUAGGAGACACAAUGAACUCCAAGACUGUUUUGAUGUUCAUGAUGCAUCUUGGGAAGAACAGAUAUUCUGGGGAUGGCAUAAUGAUGUUCAUGUAUUUGAUACAAAGACACAGAAUUGGUUUCAACCAGAAAUUAAAGGUGGAGUUCCUCCACAGCCCCGAGCCGCACACACGUGUGCCAUUCUUGGAAAUAAGGGCUAUAUCUUUGGCGGACGUGUUUUGCAAACUAGGAUGAAUGAUUUGCACUAUCUGAACUUAGAUACCUGGACUUGGUCUGGAAGGAUUCCUGUUAAUGGAGAAAACCCCAAACAUCGGUCAUGGCAUACUUUAACCCCAAUAGCUGAUGAUAAACUUUUUCUAUUUGGUGGACUAAGUGCAGACAAUAUUCCAUUAAGUGACGGUUGGAUUUAUAAUGUCAUAACAAAUGGUUGGAAACAACUUACACACUUACCUAAAACAAGACCCAGGUUAUGGCAUACAGCCUGUUUGGGAAAAGAAAAUGAAAUAAUGGUAUUUGGUGGGAGCAAAGAUGAUUUACUUUCCUUGGAUACAGGCCACUGUAAUGAUUUAUUGAUCUUUCAAACACAGCCUUAUUCACUAUUCAGGUCAUGCCUUGACUGCAUUGGCAAAAAUGCUUUAAUUUUAGAAAGUCAGAUAUCUUUAUUACCUCCUAAACUUCUGCAACAAGUAGUCAAAAAAAUAACAUUUUGGACUGCAGCAAAUCACUGAGAAGAACAAAGAGCCCAAAAAGAAGAAACCGAAAAUAAGUAUCAGUGGAUCACUAGCAAUUAAAUUUGUUAUAUACUCUAUAUAUUUAACAUGUGUAAACAUUUUAAUCAGACUGUAUAUUUACCCCCCAAAUUGGAGGCUUUAUUUAGAAGAUAAAAUCUAAAGCAAAAAUGCUAUGUUAAAGUGAUUAUAUGUCAUGGAAUAUAUGGGAAUAAGAUAUGAAUGGAAAAUUAAUUUAUAUUUAUAUUUGUAAACUAAUUUCCUAAUAAGCUGUAGGAAGAAAUAUACUUUCUGAAAGUAAGUACAGUUGUAAGAGAUUUUUAACUCACUGUGUACUCUUUACUGGAAAGUUUAUAUGAUUUUGACAAGAAUGAGAUAAUAACCCAAGGACUGUAGAAAUCCCCCAACAUAAUAAUAGAUAGAUAGAUAAAAACACUAUACAUCAACUUUCAGAAAGAAUGGAUUUUCUCAAGCCACUUUAAAAUUAUCUACAGCUUCCAAAAAAAAAUUAUCUACAGCUUCUCAUUAAAUAACCUAGUUAUUGAAAAACAUCUCCCUGAAUAACUGAUCCAUCUGGGCAAAAUGAUAAAAUGGGCAAACACUAGUAUGUGUUCAGUACUGGCCUCCUGCCCUUCAGUGCUUACCUAGCAAAGUCUCUCGUUAAACAUCACCAUAACUUUUCCACACCUUUACUUGAGGAGCAGAAUAAAUGUCUUCAACUGUCUCUCCAUUACCCUUAAGUCAUUAAUUUGUCCAAAUUGGUAGAUAUAAAGACCAUGUUUUAAAAUAUCUAAAGUGGAGGUUUACUUAUCAUACAGACUUUGAAAUAUUGAGAAGCAAUAGAUAUAUUAACUUUCCAGACACAUUAAAAUACAUUGUUGCCUUGGAAGAAUUCUCCUAAAGUAGUUUCUGUAAGUAAUGAAAUGAGAUGGUCACCUAAUAAUUUGCCUGCAUAGAAACCCUGCUAUUUGGCCCACACCAUCCUACAGAGCUGGUCCUCAAAGACCCACCGUAUUGGAAAUAUGUUCUCUUUCUUUUGACUGUCAGUAUUAACUGCUUCUAUGGAAAUGGCCCACUGUCUUUGUCUUUAUAUUCCUUCAACCAGUACUUUUGCCAUAAUUAAGAAAUUACUCAUAUUA